AUGCAAGGCACCGAUCCGCAGCCGGCCGGGCAGACCGAUCGACAUGUUGCCCCCAUUAACAUGGGCGGAGGCCUGCUUAUCCCAGGCGGCAACAUCACACGCCCGGCCGCUGCCUCGACAACUCCCGCUCCGGCUCCGACAACCCCCCACCGACUGACGGGUCGCGCCCAAGAUCCCCAGUCGGCCGAGGAGAAGGAGCGGAUGAAGCUCGAGAAGCUUCAGAGGCGGGCGAAAGCGCUGCAGAAUCGGAAGCCCAGCAUCUUCCACACUCCGAAAAGGAACACCGCCCCUUAG